AUGCAUUACGAGGAUGGUACAGAAGUACAGACACUUACUCUCAAAAUGGUGUUGCCGUCCAAAUGGGCAGGCCACACUGUCGAUUACCUCAAGGAUUUCUUCGUAGAACAUUACAAUACUAAAAAGCCGGAAAAUGUGCUGGAUGCAACUGAGAUGCAUUUAGAAAAAAAAGGCAACGCGAUACUUUUCGGCGAUGAACUACUACACACGGCAGUGCAGAAGUACGACGACCUGUUUCUCAAACCUGGUAAAUCCAUGCCUAAACCCGUGCGCGCUCAAAACAGCGCUGCUUCUGUCACAUCGGACGCAAAGUAUAAGCAGUGCAAAAAUCAUGGCUGUCAGAAAAAGUAUUUGGAGGAAGAAAACUCUGACCAGGCGUGUCGCCAUCACAGCCUCCCACCGCUUUUUCACGAUAUGAAGAAAGGCUGGCAGUGCUGCUCGUCUAAAAUGGUGUACGAUUGGGACGAUUUUGAGAAGAUCGAGCCAUGCGUUACCGGUCGCCAUUCGGACGUGGGACCGAAUGAAAAGUUUGCCGCAUCACCGACCGUGGCAGCAGCUGAGAAUGCGGCAGCAAACUCGGCUAGUGCUACUGUGCCACCAGCGUCUUCACUUAAGUCAAUUGAAGACUACAAUCAGAAAAACCCGGACGCGGUGACUGCUGUCUCUGCAGCUAAGAGCAGUCAGACAGCUCCACCUCCCAAGCGAACUGAUGGCAAAGCAAACUGCGUCAAUUAUGGAUGCCAGCAAGAGUAUGUAGUAGUUGAGAAUACAGAUACGUCGUGCAAGCAUCAUGCAGGUCCUCCUGUCUUCCACGAUGCCGGCAAAUUUUGGAGCUGUUGUCCAAAGGAUGUUAAGUACGACUUUGAUUCGUUUCUCAAGGUGCCUGGAUGUGUCGUGUCCGCGCACACAGACAUUAAGACAGCGUAG